UGAAAAAAAUGUUGAGAAAAGUAUUUUAGGUAUUGUAAAAAGAUUUAACAUUUUUUUUUUAGAUAACGAGAAGAACUAGCAUUUCUUUUUAAAUUUAGGACUCCUAUAAGCAUAAAAACUCAAAUUUCCCUUUAGCAGUAUAAAAAAGUAACGUAAUCUCCAAUCUCUAAAAUCGAAGUCAUUUCUUCAAGACUCUCGUCAUCGUUCUCAAACUGGUUUUGAUUUUGAACAAAGCUUUCUUGGACAUGGGUGCCGAGGCUGCAAAAAUUGCUAGGGAAUCUCUGGACCUGGCGUUUCACAUGUCCAAUAUACUUGACACAGGGCUUGAUCGUCAUACCCUCUCUGUGCUCAUUGCUCUCUGUGAUUUGGGUCUCAACCCUGAGGCUUUGGCUGCUGUCGUCAAGGAACUCUGAAGAGAAACCAUGUCAUCAUCGGUGACACCAGUUGCGGUUCCUUCGUCAUCUUAGACUUGAACGGGUUUUUCAUUUCCAUUAUAACAACACCAUUUCCCCCUUUUGCGUGUGUGUUGUGUUGAAUUGUGAAACCCUUUUGCUUAUGUUAAUGGUGAAAUCAGGGGGUGCACUAGAGUUGGAACAUGAAUUAUCAGUAAUGAAUUUGAAUAUUUUUUGUGGGUAAUUAUUACUAUUUAACAUGGUAUGACAUCGUCAGGAUGUCAUACAUUAAUUAAAAAACAUAAAUGUUUUCCUUU